AUGCCCUUUGACGCCGCCAAAGCGCUCAAGACCACGCACCUCACGAGCCCAAAGACGCUCGUGGUCGUGGGUGGAACCACGGGGGUUGGUGCGGCUGUCGCUCGCCAGUUUGCCCGUCUUGGCUGUUCACGUAUCAUCAUCGUUGGCCGGAACGCAGGCCGCGCAAACGCUGUACUCGAAAGCUGCUCAGAGCUGGCUCCCGGAAGCAACAAGAUUGAUACACAGUUCGUCCAGGGUGACAUCUCAACUCGUCCCGCCAUGCGUGCGUGUGCGGCCUCGGUCAAGGAGGCUGCCGGAGCUGCCAAGAUCGACUACCUUACCUACGCCGAAAACGCGGAUGGCGACGGCGCCGCAUUCGCUGUCCAGGCAAUCUCCCGGUUCAUCAUCUCGCAGCUCCUUGUGGAAGGCGGCGCCCUCGCCCCUGGUGCCACCGUUGUGUCCGUCUGCAACCCAGGCAAUUCCCUCGACUCGCUCAAGGUCGAGGACCUCAGCCUCAAGAACGCCAGCAAGGGUUACUGGACAACCACGGGCUUCUUCAUGGCCCAGUCGCUUCGCGACAGUUCCGUCAUUGACGCGUUCAUGAUUGAGCAGAGCAAGCGGUUCCCCCAAUUCAAGUUCUUCCACGUCCACCCGGGACUCGUCGGCGAUGGGACGUUUACCCACGACGCGUUCCCCUUCCCUCUCAACUGGGUGACGUGGCUGGCUGAGAAGACUGGAUUUAUGGUCGGAACAGCUCCCUUUGCCAACAUUCCUGUCUAUGUCGCGCUCAAUCCCGACGACACCGAGAAACGUAUCGGCGGCAGGUUCCUCAACCACAAGUUCUCGCCAGCCCCCCCGGGCAAGUGGGCGCAGGACGAGGGUCACCGCUCAGCUCUGUGGCGCAAGCUUGAGAGCAUGGCAAAGGCUAGUGCUUGA